ACCGCUGGCCGGGCCACGCUGUGUGCCGCAGUGCGGGGCGCCCCACGCCCAAGUAUGGAUCACACUUUAUACGCUGCCACGCUCAUUCAGAGGCAGUCACGCAUUCUCACACGCUGCCUCGCUCACUCUGAGGCAGUCCACAUACUCUCCAACACUGCUUCGCUCACCUCGAGGGGACACUAGCUGUCUCCCCUUGUUUACCUUAUCGUGAUACAGUGAAGGAGUAUCUCCUGAUGAUCACCUUCCUACAUGCGAAGUAGCAUGCAAAGGGGUAUAUAUAUAUUUCUCCUUAACAGUGUGGUACCACUCUUAUCGGCCUUAACUCGACAAGCAUCAAUGUGAUAUUGUUUCCAUCAACCGGUAUAUCAUUUCUAUAACGGUAUACAUAGGUGUCUACACUCAAUUGUCGUAACGAAAGGUGAAAUGAAAUCAGUGUUAUCUGUGUUUUAACAUCACGUCCAACACUGUUGAGUUGUGUUAUCCUUGAGCAGUGUGGCAUCUGUGGUGCUAUGUAAAUGUUGAGGAUCUUUGCUCCGCCUCAAACAGCGUUAACAGCUGCUUGCUUGCCACGUCCUCAAGGCUGCGUAUCACAACAACCUUCUCGGUCAGCAGGUGACGAUGUCUGGAGACGACAACUUUGAUGAUGUACUGUCAGCUCUGGGGUUCGGACGGUGGCAAAUUCCCUCCCUCCUUGUGACUGUGCUUGCCAUGUCGCAGUUCUCCGUUCAUCUGAUUGGCUCUCCUCUCCUGUGUGCGCCUCUACCCUACCGCUGUUCGCUGAUUCCACCCAUUCUUAGUAACGUGAGUUCGAUGUGGCAGCCGUCGUCUGAUUUCGACGAAAAAUGUCUGUUGUUCCCAUCCUCCACCAACGCCACACCUACCACCACCACUACUACCACCAACCUCACCGCCCCAUUCAUCGUCACCACCAUCGACGCCGCUUCCACUGUCAACAAAUUCACCACCACCACCCGUGAAACCAGUGGUGGAGCCUCCAUCACCACUACCACAACCACUGCGGCGCCUACCACCACACCUACCACCACCACUGCAUGGCGCAUUACUGGUCUUCCAUCGUGCCCCUUAAUCCAGUAUGACACAACCGUGUUCACAUCUACUGUUAUAUCAGAGUGGGACCUGGUGUGUGAGAGGGGCGUGCUGCGGCCUCUCUUCCAGACCCUCUUCACCCUCGGCGGCAUGCUCGGCAGCACCAUGGGCGGCCACAUUGGUGACAGGUGGGGUCGCCGGCGGGCGGUGGUAGGGGCGUGUGUGGCCAACCUCCUGGUGGUGGUGGCGAUGGCCCUGACGCCCUACUUCCCGCUCCUCGUCACUCUUCGCUUCGUGGCCGGCUGCAGCGUCAUGGCCAUGCUUGUCCCCGCCUGGAGCCUCACCCUGGAAUCGACACCAGCGGGCUGCAGGAGCCGCGUGGGGAUGCUGUUGGGGCUGCCGUUCUCCGCCAGCACUAUGGGCUUCGCUGGGGUCGGCUUCCUUAUUAGAAGCUGGCGCCCACUCCUGUUGGUCUGUUCCUCCCCCAUCCUCAUCCUCCUCCCGGUCGCUCUUCUGACGGACGAGUCCCCGCGCUGGUUGGUGCAGCAGGCGAGGCUGGAGGAGGCCGCCCUGGUGCUGCAGAAGGCCUUCAGGCAGAACAAGGUGCAGUUGAGCGCCAGCCUCGCCACUCUCAUGGACCACAUGGUACAGCAGGAGAGCAAGGCCUCGUCCUCGUCCAGGCCUUCCCCUGGACCCUGCCCGCUGCCGGCCAUACUGCAGCAGAUGUGGGCGUACUUGCGGGCCCCGGCCAUGAGGACCAUCAUUAUCGUCACUCCCACCCUCUGGUUCCUGCAGAGCUGCCUCUACCUCGGCGUCGUCAUCAACGCCAACAACUUCACCAGUUCCGACCCCUUCCUGUACCUGGCGCUGACGGGGGUGAUGGAGGCGCUGGCCAUCGUCAUCAUCACGCCCCUCACCGCCCACCUGGGCCGCCGCAUCAUGGUCUGGGUCGGCCUAGGCAUGGGCGGCGUCUUCCUCAUGCUCGAGCUCUUCGUCCCCGCUGACUCUGAGUACUAUUGGGUUGACUGGGUCGUGGUAAUGAUCGGCUUCUUGCUGGUGGCUGGAGCUUUCCAGGUGAACUACGUGUACGCUCCCGAACUCUUCCCGACGGAGGCGCGGGCGAGGGGGUUUGCCUUCGUCAACGUCUUGGGCAGCGUGGGCUUCUCCUGCGCCCCUCUCAUCACCCACAUCCUGGAGGAGUACGCCUGGUGGGCCGUCAGUGUUACCUUUGGCUGUGCUGGUAUCUUAGGGAGUCUCCUGGUGCCCUUCCUUCCGGAGACCAACAACAAACCGCUGCCGGAGACGCUGCAAGACGUGGAGAACAGGUACAAAUAUAUGCAGAACCAGAAGAGGAGUGCACGUCGCGCUCUGCAUGAGGGAGAGAUGAGCCACACCAAUUUGACCCCCCUGCUGGAGACCGCCCCCAGCGGCCACAACACCCCGGAGUCUCCUCAUUUACACCUCGUACUGGAGACCGCCCCGAACGGCCACAACACCCCGGAGACCUCUCGUUCACAUCCCCAACACAUCACGCCAGUUCACGGUGGUGAAGGACAUAACGCGACAACAAAUGGUGCUCUCAUCAGUAGCGUACUGUAACUAUAUCUCAAGAAUAUGAUUAAUUAUAUUAAAAAGGAACACACUGGAGAUCCGAAAGAAAUCACAUAUCACUACUACUGAUACAUUUGUUGUAAUAUGACGAGUUGAAUAUUAGAAAAGCCAUUUUACAUCACUUGAAUUGGGUUAGAUUUGUUUUUAUCAUAUACUGUAAUAGAUAGAUAUAUUUCAGAAAUAUAUACACAAAUACAGAAUAUUAAGUGUCGCACUGAAUACUCGUAGUGGCUACUAUUCUGUACAAAUAAAACUUUUAUAGAAAAAAGUAUAAGGGAAGGCAUUGUCAUCGAUUUCUUGAGGUAAAAAUGACUAAAUACAGGGUUAGUUAGAUUUUGUUUGUAGAGUGAAGGCCAACAGAGAAUACAUAUUAGUGUACCUUGCGUGUAUAAGGGGGUUUACUCCUCCUAUUUCAGGCUUUGGGUGACUAAAUACCAACUUCUUGGUUAUUGAUGUUUUGUUACACACAUCAUUAGAAUUGUACAGGUUAGGGUAGGUAUAUACGAAGUUUUUACUCUUUUAAAUAAACUUUAACCCCUGACAGAUCUUAGGCGCUACAAGUCUGACAUAUAUUAAUAGUGAAUCAGAAAUCGUAAACUCAGGGUUAGAUUGAGCGCGAGUGUAUGUAAAUUCGCUCCGUUUUCUAUUGUUGUUUUUUUAUUCAGCUACUCUGAACAAAAAGUUCUAAGUACCACGGGCUAAGGUAAGUCCGUAGUGGACUUAGCUGACACAGGAGCGGGGGGCUGUAACUUGAUCUGUCUUUUCUACUGACCUGCGUAAGAAGUCGCUUUAUACUAGGCGACGAGCACUGAGUGUCAGAGGGCAAUGAGGACAGUCUUGCAUGGAGACCACCUCACUAUCUCCUCCCCAGUAGAACCUCUCUCGCUCUUUAAUUAUGAAAAUUUCUCACAUAUUCUCUCAAUGGGCUCACCAUAGCCCGUGCUACUUGGAACUUUUUGUUCCAGGUAGCGAAUCUUAAUCAACAACAUAUCCCUUCACUGUGGCACUUGUACUAUGCAGAGACGUCCCUGUGCUUAGGAUUAGUGAAGUCUUGUCUGUUAAUAUAUGAUCUACGACUCAACAUGAGAAGAAUGCCUUUAAAAGUGAAAUUAACCCGUAAAAGAAUGGUGUGAUAAUCAUUCACUGUACACAGUGAAAACAUUGAAUAUAAUGUUUAAGAAGAUAAGUCAUUACAAUAAU